UAAAGAAGAAGGGAAAAAACUAUGUUAAAUUUCAUCACUAACUUCUUAAAAUAAAUCGAAUUACCUGACAACAAUUUCUUAGUUAACAUUGUAAUUUACUGCAAUAUAGAGUUGAAAUAUUCCAUUAUAAUUAAGUCUGGAUGUAGUUGAUGUCUUUAACCAUGGAGUAUCACAUGCAAAUGACAUUAAGGUUACAUCAAUUGAUGCGAUUCCAUAUCGAUGAAUUAAAUGCAAUGUUUAACGCUAAUAAAGAUCUGUCCUUCAUGGAUCCUGAUCGAGCACAUCAGCAAGUUUUACUGUCUUUCAGUCAAUGCUAUCAUGCAUUAUAUUUACUACAGCAGAAAAUAAAAAUUCUCCAUGAUCAGAUGGAACGGAUUAAAGGAACUACACAAAAUUUACAUUCAAAGUUUAUAUUUCAUCCCGCCAAUCACAAACCAUCGAUGCACAGCUCAUUUGCAUCAAAUUCGUUUCCACCGCUCUGCAUUUUCCCACCAGGCACACCUGAAUCUUUGAAUUCACCAGCUCGAUGUGCAUUUUCUUUUGAACCAAUUUGUCUUUCUGAAGAAUCUCUGUCCUAUAGAUCGCCGUCACUAAAAAUAGAAGAAAGUAGCGAUGAACGAUACAAUGACCAGAAUCCUCUCUUCAAAGAAAACAAGAUGAUAGCAAAGGUAUGA